UCUCUCUGCCAAUUCGAGUGACAUCUGCUUUUAAAUAGUUUAGUUGAUGAAAAGAUUUUAAUUGGAAGAAAAACAAAAAAUUUUGUCUCUUUUAAGAGUAAAAAAAAAAAAUUUAUUUUUUAUCAUGUGUAAAAUGUUUGUGUAAAAAAAAUGUGAUUUAUUUUGUUAUUUUUAAAAUGUGUAAAUAAAAUUUUUAAGUUUUUUUAUUAUUGUAAAUUAAAAAAAAAAAAAAAAAAGGAAAAAUGUAUCAAAAUAGAAAAAAUAAUCAGAAAAAUCCACAAGAGGGAAUAAAUCUACUGUCAUCAUUAACAUUUUCAUGGGUUUUAAAAUAUUUUCGCGAUGGAUUUAAAAGGGAUUUAGUUGAGGAGGAUCUUUUUGUGCCAUUAAAUUCUCAUUCGAGUCAUAAUUUAGGUGAAAAUUUAGAUAAUAUUUGGCAGUCAGAGGGAUAUUUUAAAAAGAAAAAAGCAAAUUUCAAACCAAGUAUAUGGAGAGCACUUUUUAAAUGUUUUGGAUUUGAAGUAUUUGCAAUUGGAUUAUUGCAAUGUUUCUCAGAAAUUUGCAUCAGGUUACCGAUACCAAUUUUUCUUGGCAAAAUGUUGAGCUACUACAAUGGAAAUAAAAAUAACAUGCCAGUUGAAGAGGCAUAUUAUUGGUCGACUGGCUUGAUUUUAUGUUUUUUUUUAUCUGGACCAUUUUUUCAACUUGGACUUUAUAAAAUGCUUAUACUUGGAAUGAAAUUUCGAGUCUCAUUGUGCGCUCUGAUUUAUAGAAAACUUUUAAGGACAUCGAGUUCAUCGAAAACUGAAACAACUGCUGGACAGAUUGUCAAUUACUUGAGUAACGAUGUAAUGGCCUUGGAGCUCAUUUUGGUUUGUUUCAAUUACUUGUGGAUUGGUCCAAUAAAAACAAUUAUUAUUCUCUAUUUAAUGUACACGGAAGUUGAGUUAUCGGCAGUGUUUGGCGUUAUAGUAUUAUUAAUACUUGUUCCAUUGCAAGGUUCAGUAUCAAAAUAUGUCUCAAAAUUGACGUUGAGAGCAGCAUCGAAAACAGACGAGCGUCUUCGUAUAAUGAAUGAAAUAAUAAUGGGCAUACAGGUCAUUAAAAUGUAUGCAUGGGAGAAGCCAUUUGCUUAUCUUGUCAAUAAAGCAAGAGAACAGGAAGUAAAGGCGAUUAGAAAUAGUGUCUUUGUGGAUAUUAUCGUCAUGUCCUUUCAGUGGUAUGCAGCAAGAAUUGGAAUAUUCAUCACAAUUGUCGCUUAUGUUUUUCUUGGCAAUAAAAUAACAGUCGAGAAGGCAUUUAUGAUAACAGCAUUUUACAAUGAACUAAAGAAUUGCAUGAAUAUAAUGUUUACUUUUGCAAUGCAACGUCUCGCUCAGUCAACCGCAUCUAUUGAACGAAUACGAAAAUAUCUUCUAAGUGACGAACUCGAAAAAUCAACAGACAUAAUAAACAAUAAUAUCGAUGAAAAAUAUCCACACGAUGUUGUAUUGGCAUUAAAAAAUGUCACCGCAAAAUGGGCAACGAACGAUACACACGAAGUGACAAGAUCAACAUUAAAUAAUAUCAAUUUUCAAGCAACUUCCGGUUCACUAACAGCAGUAAUUGGACAAGUUGGUUCAGGAAAGUCGAGUCUCCUUCAAUUAAUAAUCGGUGAAUUGCCAAUAAACCAAGGUAAACUCUACAUUGAUGGUAAAUUUGUUUACGUCAGUCAAGAACCAUGGAUAUUUGCCGCAAGUGUUCGACAAAAUAUUCUCUUUGGUCGUGAAAUGAAUAAAGCACGUUACAAUGAUGUAAUUCGUGUUUGCCAAUUGGAACGUGAUUUCUCAUUAUUUCCCGAUAGGGAUCAAACAAUUAUUGGCGAAAAGGGAACGACACUGAGUGGUGGUCAACGUGCAAGAAUAAGUUUAGCGCGUGCUGUUUAUUCUGAGGCUGAUAUUUAUCUUUUGGAUGAUCCAUUAUCGGCUGUUGAUGCACAUGUCGGUAGAUCGAUAUUCAAUAAUUGUAUUUGCGAUUAUCUGCGGGGGAAGACGAGAAUUUUGAUAACACAUCAAUUGCAGUAUUUACAGAAUGUUGAUCGGACUUAUGUUCUUAAUAAUGGUUUUGUUGAAAUGAAUGGUACAAUUGAUGAUCUCAGAAAAUCGAAUUCGGAAUUUUUGGCAUUUCUUCAGGAGCAUGAUGAUAAUCAGCAUCAGCAAAAUUUUGAUGAACCACAUGAGCAAUUAGAAAAUGUUUGUAUGAAGAAUAUUAUUUCGGAUGAAGAGCGUGAAAUUGUUGCUGAACAAACGCAAACUGGUAAAGUUUCGAAGAGAGUGUUUAUCGACUAUUUUCAAGCCGGUGGAAGUUGUGUUAGAAAAUUUUUGGUAUUUUGUUUUAUUAUUCUAUUGCCAUUGCUUGUUAUUGUUGGUGAUUAUUUCUUGACGUAUUGGAUAACAACGAUGGAGGCGAAUGAUUUGAGGAAGGAAUUGAAGAUGAAAAAUGAUAGUGCUGAAGGAGGAAGUACGACAACAGAUGAUGAUGAUAAUGUUUGGUAUGUUUGGGUUUAUACGGGACUUAUUUUGGCGACGAUUGUUGCGGUCUACAUGAAGUACUUGAUGUUUAUGUCGAUGUGCUUGAAGUCGUCGAAAAAUAUUCAUGCCUCGAUCUUUAGGAGUAUUAGCCAUACGACGAUGGCGUUCUAUCAUAAUAAUCCUUCUGGAAGAAUUAUAAAUAGAUUCUCGAAGGACAUGGGCAUUAUGGACAAAUUACUACCACAAGCAUUAAACGAUGUCUCGUCAUUCUUCACCUACAUGAUGGGAGUUGCACUAAUGACAGUUGUCAUAAACUACUGGAUGCUGAUACCCCUAAUUCUCUCACUAAUUUUUCUCUCCCUAUUAAAGGAAGUUUACUGGCGUACAAGUCGCAGUGUUAAGAGACUCGAUGGAACAACAAAAUCACCAAUAUUCAGUCAUUUGAAUGCAACAAUACAGGGAAUAACGACAAUAAGAGCAUUUAAAGCAGAAGAUUUAAUGAUCAAGGAAUUUGAUAAUAAUCAAGAUGUAAAUUCAUCGGCUUGGAUAUUAUUUGCAGCAUGUGGCAGAGCAUUUGGCUAUUAUGUGGAAGUAUUGUGUACAUUCUAUUUGGGUAUUAUUAUCUAUAUUUUCUUGAUAUUCAAAGAUAUGAGUUCGGCUGGUGAUGUGGCAUUGAUUAUAACACAAACAAUAUCGAUGACAAUAUUGGUACAAUGGUGUAUGUUUCAAGUUGUUGAGGUCGAAACGAAUAUGACAUCAGUCGAGAGAAUAUUGGAUUACAAUAAAAUACCCCAAGAACCGGCAUUUGAUAGUGAGGAAAAAUUGAAACCAUCUAAAGAAUGGCCCAAAAAUGGACGUGUGGAAUUUAAGAAUGUUUCUCUAAAAUACAGUGCUGAUGGUGCACCGGUAUUGAAUAAUUUGACAUUUGUCGUUGAACCAGUGGAGAAAAUUGGUAUUGUCGGUAGAACAGGUGCUGGAAAAUCGUCGAUGAUUAUUGCACUGUUUCGAUUGGCACAUUUGGAGGGUGAAAUUAUUAUCGAUGAUGUUUCUGUUGGAACAUUGGGUUUACAUGAUUUAAGGAAGAAAAUAAGUAUUAUUCCACAGGAACCACUUUUAUUUGCCGGCACAUUGAGGUCGAAUCUUGAUCCGUUUGAUGAAUAUUCAGAUGAUGAAUUGUGGCAAUCGUUGGCUGAGGUGGAAUUGAAGAAUUAUGUUCAGGAGAUGUUUUCUGGAUUGUAUGGAAAGGUGUCGGACGGUGGGGCGAAUUUCAGCGUUGGACAGAGGCAAUUACUCUGCCUGGCGAGGGCAAUUGUGAGGAAGAAUAAAAUUUUGGUGCUCGAUGAAGCGACGGCUAAUGUUGAUCCACAGACGGAUGCGCUGAUUCAGAAGACGAUUAGAAGUCGAUUUAAGAAUUGUACGAUACUCAUUGUUGCUCAUAGACUUAAUACUGUUAUGGAUUGUGAUAGAUUUAUUGUUAUGGAUGCUGGACGGAUUGUGGAAUUUGAUCAUCCACACGUACUGCUUCAAAAUAAAACUGGAUAUUUACACGAAAUGGUUCGACAAUGUGGUAACGAGGCAUCCAUAUCGUUAAAAACAAUAGCUGAAGUGAGUUAUCAAAAAAGGAAAAAAAAUAAUUGAAAAUUAUUGAGGAGAAACGAAUUUUAUUAUUUGGAGGACUAGAGAAAUUUUUUUUUAUACUUUUGAUGAUUAUAAAUAUUAUGUUUAAGAUCUCUGUACAUUCUCGUUUUUUAAUAGUUUAAACAUUUAUUUAAAUAAUAAUUAUUGUAAUUUUGUAAGAGUGUAGUGGAAAUGUGAAAAUAAUUAUAUUGAUUUUGUUUGUGAAUGAAGAGAAAAAAUAGACGUAGUUAGAGGUGAAAUGAAGAAUAGGAGAUUUGGAAAUUGCUUUUAAAAUAGUGAAAUUUAAUUAUUGUAAAUAGUGAGGAAAGAUGAUUUUUUAAUAAAAAAAAGAAAAA